GUGGUUUCUAGCAAAGAGGUUUCUAGUCGACUUUGGUUAGAAAUUUCAAACGAACGUAUGUUUUACGUUCCGCGUUUUUAUCAAAGUUUUUGUGAAAGUGUUUUUUCAGUGAUGCAUAAAAGAGAUAAAUGUGGAAAUUUUAAUAAUUCCUUCUGUUCAGCCGAUAUAUGAUGUAGUAUUAUUACAUCGAUGCUUGGACCUGGAAGUUUCCAUUUUCACUUAGAAAUAAUGGAUCCAGAAGAAAUGAAAGAGCAGAGUAUUGAAAAAGUUCCUAAUUUGGAAGUUGCUUACCUCAUUCAUCACCUACAAAGUGUAGAUGAUGAUCCACUUGCUGAGAAAUUAAAAAAAAUGCUGGAGGACAACGAUAUGACGCCCAUGUAUGAUAGACUAUGUCAUACUUUCAGUUGGUGUACUCCUGAUAACCCACGGCUUAGUCAUAUGCAAUUAGCCAAUAUGACAACAUUAUUUUAUCUUGAAGGAGCCCUCUUUAGGGCAGGAGAUAAAGCAGAAAAGAUUGACUGGAUGUUAAAGAAAGCUGAAUAUUAUAGUAAAAUUGGGGAUAAGAUAUCAGCGCUACGCACUUUCGAAGAAGCUUUUAAGUUAUCAAUCCCUCUUGGUACUCUUAUGGAUGCCCUUUUUCAUGUUGUUAGAAUCGGAAUGUUUUAUCUAGAUUACAAACUCAUGCAUUACAAGUUACAUAUUCUAAAAGGCUUAAUGUACCAUGAGGUGAAUUGGGAGAGAAGAAACAGAAUGAAAAUUUAUGAGGGUGUUUAUUGUAUUAGUAUUAGACAAUUUCACACUGCUUGCUAUUUGUUUUUGGAUACAAUUUCUACUUUUUCUUCUUAUGAAAUAAUGAAUUAUGCUCGUUUUAUAAGAUACACAGUUUAUUUAUCAGUGAUGGUUCUGCCUAGGCGUUCUAUCAAAAAGAAGAUAAUUGAGAAUCAUCGUGUCAGAGAAACUCUUAGCAGUGAUCCUGAAACAGAAUCAUUUCUGUUUUCCCUGUACAAUUGUAACUAUGCAGAAUUUUUCAUUACUUUAGCUAAGAUUGAGCACCGACUAAAAACAGACCAUUAUUUCCAUAUGCACUAUCAGUACUAUAUUCGAGAAAUGAAAAUUAUUGCUUACACACAAUUAUUGGAGUCCUACAGAUCUUUAUCAAUUUCAAAUGUUGCUGAAAACUUUGGUGUUAGUGAAGAGUACAUUGAAAAGGAUAUUUCGCUUUUUAUUUGUUCAGGUCGCCUUUGUUGUCAAAUAAAUCGCUUGACAAAUACAAUAGAAACAAAUAGACCUGAUAAAAAAAAUCGUCAAUUUCAGUUGAUCAUAAAGCAAGGAGAUUUACUUUUAAACAGGAUUCAAAAAUUGAGUCGUGUUAUUGAGAUUUGAACAGUUGGAUGCUUUCUCUCAUUUAAUGAUUCCUCUACAGUAUAAAGAAUGCAUGGACAUUCAGUGGUUUCGACAUCUAGUCUGUAAAGAUAUUUUUCUAUUUGUAAUACCAAUAAAAUAGUAUCUAUAUA